GCGUGCGGCGUGUGUGUGUGUGAGUGAGAGUUGCAUGUGAGAGUUGCAUGUGUGUGAGUGUGACGGUGCCUGAGAGUUUGCUGCCCGGCCGGAAUCGUCCGCAGCCCGGGUGCUGUCACCGCCUCGCACCGCGGCCACAGCCCCGUGUCCCCUUCAUGCCAGUUCCCGUCGCGGCUCCACGCCCCGUCCGCCAGCCAUGACCGAGAGCCCCGCCACCCAGCCCCCCGCCGGGGAGGGGUGUCCCCGGGUGAAGAACGGGCUGAAGCCGGAGAGGAACGGCUUCGCGAGGAGCCUCCACCGCUGCCACGAGCCCCAGCGCAAGCGCCGCUGCCACCCCGAGGAGGAGGAGGUCCGCACAUCCUCCCAUGAUGGCAGCAUGUACAAUCAGCCCUUUAUCGAGACGUUUGAGGAGACACCCAUGCUGGUGGCGGUGUUCACCUACAUGGGCUACGGCAUCCUGACCAUCUUCGGGUACCUCCGCGACUUCCUCCGUCACUGGAAGAUCGAGAAGUGCAACGUCGCCAGCGAGAGGGAGGAGCAAAAGGACUUUGUGCCCCUCUACCAGGAUUUUGAGAACUUCUACACCAGGAACCUCUACAUGCGGAUCAGAGACAACUGUAGCAGGCCCAUAUGCAGUGCUCCUGGGGCCAAAAUGGAGCUGAUGGAAAGAACGUCCAGAGACUACAACUGGACGUUUGAGUACACAGGUCGGUCAUUGGCGGAUGUGAUUAACUUGGGCUCAUAUAAUUACCUGGGCUUUGCUGAGAACACAGGUCCGUGUGUUGACUCUGCGGCAGAAGUCACCAUGAAGUACGGCGUCGGAGUUGCAAGCACCAGGCAGGAGAUUGGCAACCUGGACUGUCACGAGGAGAUGGAGAAAUUGAUGGCGGAAUUCCUUGGCGUGGAGUCAGCUAUGGUGUUUGGGAUGGGGUUCGCGACCAACUCCAUGAACAUACCAGCGCUGGUUGGCAAGGGCUGUCUGAUCCUGAGUGAUGAACUGAACCAUGCGUCACUGGUCCUGGGAGCCAGACUCUCUGGGUCCACCAUCCGAGUCUUCAAACACAACAAUAUGCAGAAGCUUGAGAAACUGCUGAGAGAAGCCAUAGUUCACGGGCAGCCCAGGACUCACAGACCAUGGAAGAAGAUCCUCAUAGUGGUGGAAGGCAUUUUCAGCAUGGAGGGCAGUAUAGUCCGCCUGCCAGAGGUGAUUGCCCUCAAGAAGCGCUACCAGGCUUACCUUUACGUCGACGAAGCCCACAGCAUCGGGGCCCUGGGGCUGAGAGGGAGAGGUGUGGUCGAUUACUUUGGCCUGGAUCCCAAUGACGUGGAUGUCAUGAUGGGCACAUUUACCAAGAGCUUUGGUGCUGCAGGGGGAUAUAUUGCAGGGAAACGGGAUCUUAUUGAGUACCUGCGCUCCCAUUCCCACAGUGCAGUCUACGCCGCCUCCAUGUCUCCUCCUGUGGUGGAGCAAAUCCUCACUUCUAUGAAGUGCAUUAUGGGAGAGGAUGGCACAACAAUAGGCUGUGAUCGUGUUCGGAAGCUGGCAGAAAACACAGUCUAUUUCCGCGAGAGGCUUGAAGCCAUGGGCUUCAUCAUCUACGGCAACAUCGACUCUCCCGUCAUACCCAUGAUGCUCUACAUGCCUGCCAAGAUAGGAGCGUUCGGGAGGGAGAUGCUGAAGAGGAACAUCGGGGUGGUGGUCGUGGGCUUCCCAGCCACGCCCAUCAUUGAGUCCCGGGCACGCUUCUGCAUCUCAGCCGCCCACACAAGAGAGAUACUCGACAGGGCUCUGUGCGUAAUCAACGAGGUAGGAGACCUGCUUCAGCUCAAGUACUCCCGGCACAAAAUACAGCCUUCGUUGGGGCGGUCUUUUGACGACAACAUGUACCAGGACAUUGACGACUGACUCCCCUCCUGAAAUGGCCUGGGCCUCUGCAGCCCCAGAAAAUACAGAACGGGUCGAGACAGAUCACAAGUCUUCCACAAGGAGCGAGAUGUGCACAGGUGCCCCCUUGUCACUAGCUUGCCAUGACGUACCCCUCCCCACCCCAACAAGAGGGAAAACAUUUAGAACUAAUUCUACUUUGCCUUACCUAAACAUGCAAACCCUGUGGAAAACUCACUGAAAACUGCACCUAUGCUUUUGUUUGUGAACUUUUUAUUUCUCUUUUAUAAGUGUGCAUCUAAGAAUUUUUUUCAGGGGGGUGGUAUGUGUGUGUGAAGUGGACAGAUGUGAGCUUUCCAAAUGGAGAUAUUGUUCCUAUUGUUCCUUAAUCAAAAUUACAUACAAGUUACAAUAUAAAAUGACACAUCACUUUCCAUCCAUGUCUGGAAUUCCUGACAAUUAAUGUUGUAUACAAAAACAAUUGCCAAAUAUAUGGUGCUGAACAGAAGAUGACUUUUUGGAAUACAAACCUUUCAAAAAAAUUGACAUAUCUACUUUCUUCCCAAAAGUUCCCAAAUCAAUACUCUCAAGCUUUUACAGUUGAAAUGAAGCUUAAGCCUUUCAUUUGUAAUUUUUACCUUUUGAUUUUAUAACAAAACCACCACACUUGUAACAAGACAAAAUGUUCAGUAGAUUGAACCAAAAUCUGCUGCACAUGGUGUCAUCCAUUAAAAUUCCUCAUCAAAUAUGUCUGAUUCCAUUGUAAAUGGAGAAAGCUAAACACUGACAAAUCUACAGUCACUGUUCCAAACAUUGUGUGUUUUGUCGCCUUCAAGUUAGAAAUAAUGAUCGUUGAGUUGCAUUGUCACUGACAGAAGACUAACUGACUAAUAAUAAUAAUAAUCACAUUUUGUGGGCUCAUCCAACAGAAUUACAGUAUAUAUUUAUCCAAAUUUAUAUCAUUCAGUUAAAGUUAAGUUUGAACUUUGCUCUCAGUGGUUGCACUUUAAAAAAAAAAAAAAGAUUGACCAAGAAAAAUACCAGUUUUUAUAAAGGAUCAACUAAAAGAUUAAAACUGUUAUUCAGACCCUUUGUCAACUGCUGCCAUUGAAAAUGGUAAGAAAUUAAAUUUUAUCCCAGAUGCUCAUGAAUGUUGUCAGCCUCUUUCACCACUACUGUUACAUGUCAUCAUCACUGGCAUCGUGUGUAUCCAGGGGAUUUGGUUUUGUUUCUUUGUUUAGUUUUACAUUUCACAUAAGUCAAAGGUGGAGUUGUUACUGUAACAAUAGCCUUUUCCUUUUCUUUUUUUUAUUGAAAGGCUCAUGCAAGUGUAAGCUGUUGUUCUCCACUUAAGUGUUGAGGGUCAGUUAAGUCAUUUUGAGGAAUGGAGAAAAAAAUAUAUUUUAUUUAUAUCGUCAUAUCUCCAGGCCUGACAGGAAAAUACUAAGAGGACUAGAGUAGACUGGAUGGAAUUCAGCAUUGAUAGAAAUACCCUGCAUUUCCACUUCAUUUCUUUGGUACGGAGCCGCUAAAGUCCUGACAGGUGAUUUCUAUAUAUUUUUGUGUGUUUUUUGUGCCCACAAGAUAACUUGUAUAGAUAAAUAUCUUGGUGCCGAGGUGAGUCAGUGAUCUCUCACUAGGUGUCGUGAAGCCUUCCCUGAUUCUAUUUGGGUUUUAAUUUUCCUAUUUCAGCUUUCACGUUUGUAUUGGUUUUUACACAUCAAACUUUAUAAAUCUUCCGUUUUAAAACGGAUUUUAUGACUAGUCUUGAGUUUUUAAAACAGUUUGUGGAUUUUGUAACGUGAUCUAAUUUAUUAUGUUUUAAUGCAAGAUAUUGACUCCCACGUGGUCAAUAUCCUGUCUGCACAAGAUAACCUUGUCGUAAAAGUUAGUAAUUGUAUAGUCCAGUCUGCAUGUAUUGAAAACCACAGGGAAGUUGCUUCAUAGCUUUUUACAGCUGCAGUAGUUUCAUUGUGUGACAUAAGUGAAGAUAGAACUUGAUACGCUGAGUUCUCUCCAUCAAAGUGGCUGUGUGUAUCUGAAACCAGGAAAGACACAUUUUAAAGCAAUGUAUUGUGUGCAGACAAGUUAUGUAUCUUGUGUGCACAAGAUAAAAGAAUAUCACCAUUUGGGACUUAAGGGCCUCCGUACUAGGUGCUUAUUAGUACUGACCUUGCUGCUUUGUGAUAUUGUUAAAAUGCCUUGCAAAACCAAGUGUUAUCUUUCUACUGUGACUCAAACGUCAUGGAUAACUCUCUGGGUUAUCUUUACAAUGUGCCAUGGAGAUUUUAAACUCCUUAAUGAAGGCAGCUGUAAAGAAAUGCAUAAAUACACAUAAAAAAAAGGUCCCACAUACAUACAAUUACUCUUGCACGUGUGCGACUUUGCAAAUAUCAUGUGAGCACUUGUUCCAUGUAUCGAUGCAUGUACAGCUGCUCUACACCACAGCCAGAUACUGGGAUAUACACACUUCUGCUAUGAUAUGACUUGUUUUGAAUGUUGUGAUAAAAAUCGGCUUAGUGUCAGAGAAAGUUAACGUGUCUGUUUGGGUCCAGGAAGGUUUUUUUUUAUUUUUUUUACUUCAAAUUGAUUUUGAUCUGUCACUGUAAGAGUGACGGUGUUAUUCUGAGGAUAGCAGGCAUUCACAACAUAUUUGUAUAUCAAAAUGCCAUUUACAUUAUUUGUUAGGUCCCCAAACAGCAAGGCCUCAUGUCUGGUUAAUGAAGCAGAUUUAAAUAUAAUUCAGAGAAUCCUUCAGAAUUGUUAGUUCUUGUACAAACAAUAAGAAGAUGUUGUGACACUUCAAAUCCACAGCAUGUUCCCAGAUCACUUAACAAUUAAGCCACAUUGGUCUGAGGUUAACGGAGCAGAUUAACCUUCCUGCCUUUUUUUUUAUGAUCUGUGAGCUUUGUUGUUGAAAGAGAACAGUGGAAGAGGGCCCCACUAUUUUGUACCAAGUUUAUUUUGUUUCCACUGGUUAGGGUUGAUGACAAUUUUUUGUUUACUAUUAAGUCACCAGAGAAAAAUGGUCGCCACUAUUACAGGCAGCAUUCUUCGAAAGUACCGGAGCCGUGCCAAUAAUGGCGGCAAUUAUUCCAUCGGCGUAUUAUCCGACGUCAGAGAUAAUUAUUUCUGAUACAGUGCCUUUUGAUGCCAAUGCUUUUCUAAGAAUUCAGACGAGAGUAAGUGUCAUUUACUUGGAUUGUUCAUCUUUUAGUCUUAUUGGUUUCUUUUAAUACAACUGUGCUUGUUAUUAGCGCUGGGUGUGUUCUGUGUUGACUAAUGGCCAUGCAUUUGAUCAUAGAAAACGCACUAUUUGCAACAUAUCAGCAAAUAAUAAUUGUGAAAAAUAAUAAUAAUUACUGUUUGUAAAGUGUCACCCAUGUUAAUGAUGGUAAAUCAUUAAAAGAAUAAAAACGAAA